AUGGACCAAGAAGAUAUGGAACUGCUGGAGAUGAUGCUCCGGGAUGGAGAUGGAUACCCGAAUAGUGGACGCAUGCUAAGGGACAUCUCCGUGCUACCAGCUUCAUCGAUUGGCUGCGAUGAAAACGAUUCCGAGGAAGACUUCAACAUGUUCGGCGAUGUCGAGGAGAGCGUAGAGUGUGAUGACUUUCUGCCACCCUGUGAACCGGCAGUGGUGCAAGAUUAUUCCAUUAAUCAUCCCUGCUUUCUGCGACUGAUCCUGCUGCGGGCUCCACUCCUGAAGCACGAUCCAUGCGCCAACUUCACACUGGCACAAGAGAUCCCAAAAACAACUGUGAAGCCAAAACCCAAGAAGAAAUGCGAUCCCAAGACAAAGGCUAAGAACGCCAGGACUCAGAGUGAGGUGAAAGCGAUGCCCAACACUGACCAAAAAGAAGUGAAAGCAACGCCAAGUACUGAAAAUAAUGCAACAAAAGUGCUGGCCAACGCUGUCGAAAAUACAACCACAAAAACAGAUACAACUUCCACAACAAUUUCGACUUCAACAACAGAGGCAACAUCCACUGAGGCUAGCAGCACCACAAAGAAAAGAGUGACAAAUCGAAAGAACAAAAAGCAAACCACUCCGAGAACCACAACUACAGCAGCCACAACUACAGUCGCAGCAACGACCACAGAGGAGGCGGCCACCACAACGGAGGAAACAACAACAGAGAUCAGCACCACUACCGAAGCGGAAGAGGAAACGACAAGCACAACAGAGCAGCAGACAACGCCAACAACAACAACAACAACAACCACGACAACAACAACAACGACACCAGCACCCACCCGAAAAACCAGCAAAAAACCGAAAAAGAAAGCAGCCACACCGCGCACCACCAGAGCACUGCCACUAAACGAGGACCCCGGACUCAAGUCCGGAAAAUAUGGUGGCUAUCCUACGGAGAAACCCACAACCACUACUCAAAGAACUAAAACUCAAAACCAAAUGAACAAAAUGAAAGGCAACCCAUCAAAGACUAUUAACAUAUCAUUCAAAGCCAAUGGCAAAGCGAGUGUUCCAGACACACCCAAAAUCAAGAUCGAUGGCCAACCCAGCGAGGUCAUCCACGUCGUUCUACCCAAAGAUGUGGGUGAAAUGAGGCUGGCGGCGGAAGAGACUUCAACAACCACAACAUCCGAGCCGGAAACGACAACUGAAGAGAGUUGCGAAGACGAAAUAGACACCACCAACGAAGUUGAAACUGAAACUGAAGCAGAAACAGAAACAGAAACAAAAGAAGAAUAUUUCCCAGAAACCGAAGAGGAAACAGAAGAAGAUCUAUUUGUUUCAGCAACUGACAUGGAUGGCACCUCAACCACGGAGGAGCCCUGUGAAGACACCGAUGAUCAGGACACAAAUCUCUGUCCGCAGUUUAUGCCAGCCUACAGCAACUCAAACUCCAGGCCACCGACAGGCCCCCGUUCUCGGAAACCCGUCAAGAACUAUGUGGAACCCAUUCUGUACGAAGGUUCCUUUGCCAAACCGCGCCAGAGAAUCGGAUUAACGCAGCCCCAGCCACAGCGUCGCGACUACUUCGUGAGCAACAAGCAGAUUGUGCCACGACCCAGGCCCAAGUACAGGCAGCGUCUGCCCCACUCGAUCUACAUGAAUAACAUUAUAAGGGGUGUGGACUGCGUGGACGAUGUGACUGCGAGUCCACCCUAUCCACAGGUGGGCCCUUAUCCACCGGCAAGUCCGUAUCAGCAGGCACCCACCCAACCAGCUCAGGGGCAACGCAAUUGGCCAGCGAGACGUCUGACAGGAGGAUAUGGCUCUGCCCAGAGGGCACCUAGCUAUGGUGCGGGACCAGCGCCAGUUCAACGCAACCGUUCCUCUCCGCCACCAAGAUAUCAGGGAUGCUCAGAGGAGGAGCAGCAGCAACAGCAGCAUCAGCAGCAGCACCACAACAAUGACAGGGAGAGCAAUGAGGAUCAGCAUUACUUCGAGGAGGAGGCAGCCGCACUGAUGCGGGCACCAAAUCCCACUCCCAGCAUAGAUCCCUGCCAGGCGGAGCACGAUCACCCACUCUACGGACAGCGUCUCCAGCAGACGGACCACGAUUAUCCGCAAUCCAAGAAUUUCUUUACUUAAAUCAUAGGCCCCAGGGCUGUAGUUUGUAAGCCACAACCAGCACCCAGUAACAAAGUUAACCACAUAAUA